AUGACCUUGCACAAUAACAGUACAACCUCGCCUUUGUUUCCAAACAUCAGCUCUUCCUGGAUCCACGGCCCCUCAGAUGCAGGGCUGCCCCCAGGGACAGUCACUCAUUUUGGCAGCUACAACGUUUCUCGAGCAGCUGGGAAUUUCUCCUCUCCAAAUGGUACCACCAGUGACCCUCUGGGAGGCCAUACCCUCUGGCAAGUGGUCUUCAUCGCAUUCUUAACGGGCUUCCUGGCCUUGGUGACCAUCAUUGGCAACAUCCUGGUCAUCGUGUCAUUUAAGGUCAACAAGCAGCUGAAGACGGUCAACAACUACUUCCUCUUAAGCCUGGCCUGUGCCGAUCUGAUUAUUGGGGUCAUUUCAAUGAAUCUGUUUACUACCUACAUCAUCAUGAACCGAUGGGCUUUAGGUAACUUAGCCUGUGACCUCUGGCUUUCCAUUGACUACGUGGCCAGCAAUGCCUCUGUCAUGAAUCUUCUGGUCAUUAGCUUUGACAGGUACUUUUCCAUCACAAGGCCACUCACGUACCGAGCCAAACGAACAACAAAAAGAGCUGGUGUGAUGAUUGGCCUAGCUUGGGUCAUCUCCUUUGUCCUUUGGGCUCCUGCCAUCUUGUUUUGGCAGUACUUUGUGGGGAAGAGAACUGUGCCCCCAGGGGAAUGUUUCAUUCAGUUCCUCAGUGAGCCUACCAUCACCUUCGGCACGGCUAUCGCUGCCUUUUAUAUGCCUGUCACCAUUAUGACUAUUUUAUACUGGAGGAUCUAUAAGGAAACUGAAAAACGUACCAAAGAGCUUGCUGGGCUGCAAGCCUCGGGGACAGAGGCAGAGGUGGAGAACUUUGUGCAUCCUACAGGCAGUUCCCGAAGCUGCAGCAGCUAUGAGCUACAGCAGCAAAGCAUGAGACACUCUUCCAGGAGAAAGUAUGGCCGCUGCCACUUCUGGUUCACAACCAAGAGCUGGAAGCCCAGUGCUGAGCAGAUGGACCAAGACCACAGCAGCAGUGACAGCUGGAACAACAACGAUGCUGCUGCCUCCCUGGAAAACUCCGCCUCCUCCGACGAGGAGGACAUUGGCUCCGAGACGAGAGCCAUCUACUCAAUUGUGCUCAAGCUGCCCGGUCACAGCACCAUUCUCAACUCUACCAAGUUACCCUCAUCAGACAACCUGCAGGUGUCUGAGGAGGAGCUGGGGACAGGGGAUGUGGAGAGGAAAACCAACAAGCUUCAGUCUCAGAAGAGCGUAGAUGAUGGAGGCAGUUUUCAAAAAAGCUUCUCAAAGAUUCCCAUUCAGUUAGAGUCAGCCGUGGACACAGACAAGACUUCGGAUGUCAACUCCUCAGUGGGUAAGACCACGGCCACUCUACCUCUGUCCUUCAAGGAAGCCACUUUGGCCAAGAGAUUUGCUCUGAAGACUAGAAGUCAGAUCACGAAGCGGAAACGGAUGUCUCUCAUCAAGGAAAAGAAGGCAGCCCAGACCCUCAGCGCGAUCUUGCUUGCCUUCAUCAUCACCUGGACCCCCUACAAUAUCAUGGUUCUGGUGAACACCUUUUGUGACAGCUGCAUACCCAAAACUUAUUGGAAUCUGGGCUACUGGCUGUGCUACAUCAACAGCACCGUGAACCCCGUGUGCUAUGCCCUGUGCAACAAAACAUUCAGAACCACGUUCAAGAUGCUGCUGCUGUGCCAGUGUGACAAGAGAAAGCGGCGCAAGCAGCAGUACCAGCAAAGACAGUCGGUCAUUUUUCACAAGCGUGUGCCUGAGCAGGCCUUAUAG